AACGCGCCGAACGGGAAGAGCAGGUGAGCAGCGGACGGGGAAGAAAGAAGAAUAUUGGUUUCAAAGUGGAUUGGAGACGAACAUCUCGAAGAACAAUUUGAAAGUGGAGAUUUGAAAAGGCUGUCAUCAAAUCUGCGAUCAGCCGAUGUGGUCAGCAUGCGCGGUGGCUGGUGGUUAAGCUCCUGUGCGCUGCUGAUGGUCGGACUGCAGUGUCCAGUGGUGACCGCUUGCCUGGAAGGGAACUAUCUCAUCAAUGUGAUCCUGAUGGAGGACCUCGUCUCCCCCUGGAGUAUACACCUCGUGCAAGGUCCGGUGGAACGCGCUAUCGCUACCGAUGAAAAACUCAACUAUGAAUCAGGAAUAAACCGGAAACUCAGUGUCACGUUCAAUGGGUUUCAAACCAGCAUGUAUCGGCGCAAGGGCUGUGCCAGCAGUACCUGCGAAGGGGUGGAGAAACUGAAAGAACUGAGUGAUCGAGGCGAAAUGGGCUGCGUCCUUUUGGGACCCACCUGCACCUAUGCCACCUUCCAAAUGGUGGACCUGGAGAUCGGGCUGACGCUCAACAUCCCACUCAUCUCAGCGGGGAGCUUCGGACUGUCGUGUGACUACAAGGAGAACCUGACCCGCUUACUGCCCCCUGCGCGGAAGGUCUCCUCCUUCUUCACUCGCUUCUGGCAAUCCACUCACCAUAACCUCAAGCCUAAAUGGGAGACGGCGUACGUCUACAAGAAGCCGGAACUGACAGAGGACUGCUUUUGGUAUAUCAACGCUCUGGAGGCCGGCUCGGCUAAUUUUGCCUCCACGAUCCAGCGGGAGGUGCUUCGCCAGCCAGCGGAAGUUCAUAACCUGCUGAACUCCCCAACGAGGAAGAGCAACUUGUUCAUUAUCUGCGGGACCCCAGAAGACGUGAUAAACUUGAAGAACGGGACCGAGGCGAAUCCUGAGAUCGUCUUCAUCCUCAUCGACCUUUACAGUCCUUCGUAUUACACCAACGCCACGUCGAUGCCUGACAUGCGAAACGUCCUGGUCCUCACCAUGCCCAACAUCAGGAAUUACACGCUGGAUCCGACCUACAAUGACAACGAAAAUGAAUCAUGGUACAUAUUUAAUGACUAUCUGGCAGCGUACCAUGAUGCUGUACUGCUGUUUGGUCAAAUUAUGAGGCGGCACUGGGGCAGCACGCCCCCGACUACGGGGGCCAAUGUUGUGGCGAUAGAAAACUUCAGGAACAUCUCGUUCAGUGGGGCUGGUGGACAUUACGUUUUGGACGGAAACGGUGACAGGGAUGUGAACUUUUCAGUGCUUUACACCAACAAAGACAACGAGUACCAAACUCUGUUUGUGUUCAACACGCAAACCAACAGCAGCUAUGUAGUGGAUCCCAACCCUACACUGGUUUGGGGCAGUCAGCUGCCUGACGACACUCCAGAGCACAGUCAGAUGGAUGUCAUUGUCAUCAUCCUGGGUGUCACUGUGGCAGUGGUGGCUACCAUCGCUCUCAUCUUCUACAGACAGAACAGGAAGGGGCGUCAGGUGCGAGAAAAAUGGUCUCACAUCCACCCAGAUUUGAUACAUCCUUUGGACUUCAAUGAGCGAAGCCUCGUCUCUCUGAAGAUUGACGAGGACCACAGAAAAGAAGGAAACGACUUCAUUCGCCGUUGCCGUUACGAUAAAAAGAUUGUGAUUCUGAAGGAGCUGAAGAACACGGAUGGCAACUUCAACAAGAUGCAGAGGAUUGACCUCAAUUCACUCCUGCAGAUUGAUUACUACAAUCUGACCAAGUUUUACGGCACGGUGAAAUUUGAGCAGGGUGUGUUUGGAGUGUUUGAGUACGGUGAGAGGGGGUCCCUCAGGUAUGUGCUGAACGAUAAGAUCUCCUACCCGGAAGAGACUUUCAUGGACUGGGAAUUCAAGAUAUCCGUCAUGUAUGACAUUGCUAAGGGAAUGUCCUACCUCCACGCCAGCAACGUCAGCGUCCACGGCCGCCUCAAGUCCACCAACUGCGUGAUGGACAGCCGCAUGGUGGUCAAGAUCACAGACUUUGGCUGUAAUACCGUCCUCAGUCCGGGCAGAGACCUGUGGACUGCCCCAGAGCACCUGAGAAAGGAGGGCAUCUCGCAGAAGGGAGACGUGUACAGUUUCGCCAUCAUCGCCCAGGAGAUCGUGCUGAGGGAGUGUCCCUUCUACACGGAGGCCUGCUCUGACCCCACAGAGAAGCUCUACAGAGUUCAGUUUUCUAACUACAUGUCAGUCUUCAGACCUGAGCUGAACUUCGAGACGCCCAUGGAACGCGAGCUGGAGGUGUACACGCUUAUUAAAAGUUGCUGGGAUGAGGACCCUGAGAGAAGACCUGACUUCAAGAGGAUAGAGGCAGCUCUGGGAAAGAUAUUCAGCAACCUGCACAACCAGGCCAACGAGAGCUACAUGGACAACCUGAUCCGGCGGCUGCAGAUGUACUCCCGCAACCUGGAGCACCUGGUGGAGGAGCGGACGGCGCUCUACAAGGCCGAGAGGGACCGGGCCGACCGGCUCAACUUCAUGCUGCUGCCUGGCCCCGUGGUGCGCUCGUUGAAGGAGACGGGCCGUGUGGAACCGGAGCUCUUCAAGGAGGUGACCAUCUACUUCAGCGACAUCGUGGGCUUCACCACACUCUGCCAGUACAGCACGCCCAUGGAGGUGGUGGACAUGCUCAAUGACAUCUACAAGAACUUUGACAGCAUCCUCGACAAUCACGACGUCUACAAGGUGGAGACGAUUGGGGACGCCUACAUGGUGGCAUCAGGGCUGCCUCAGCGGAACGGGAACAGGCACGCUGUAGAUAUCUGCCGCAUGGCCCUGGACAUCCUGGCCUUCAUGGGCACGUUCCAACUGCGGCAUCUUCCAGGGCUUCCUGUGUGGAUCCGCAUCGGGGUGCACUCAGGUCCUUGCGCAGCUGGAGUAGUGGGGAUCAAGAUGCCCAGGUACUGCCUUUUCGGUGACACAGUCAACACAGCGUCUCGCAUGGAGUCCACAGGCCUGCCCCUGCGCAUCCACGUCAGCCUGCCCACUAUCGAGAUACUGAGGAGGACGGACUGCAAGUUCGAGUACGAGACAAGAGGGGAGACGUACCUGAAGGGCAAAGGGACGGAGACAACGUACUGGCUGACAGGCGUCACCGGAGAGACGUACAACCUGCCCACCCCUCCGACAGCCGAGAACUUCCAGCGGCUGCAGCAGGACCUGGCCGAGAUGAUCAUCUCCUGCCUGGAGAAGCGUUCUCUGGAGGGGGGUGGUUUGGAGAAGAGGAAGACGCUGUCCACCAGGCAGAGGAAGCGGGUGAGUAACGGUAGCCAUGGAGACGGACAGCCAGAGUACCUGCACCUGGCCACACCUGCAUCCGCGGAGCAGUAGCCCCGGGGGACAGCCGGGUGGCGACAGACUCUCUAGAAGCCCCCCAUCGAGCAUCUAAACCUCCGGAUGGUGCUGGUUUCCAGCGUUCGGCUGCCUCCUCACCAGUCAGCACACCGCUGUAUAGAUCUCAGCUUUCAACAAGCCUCUCAGAGGCGCCUGCACUUUCGAAACGCUGAAAAUCCCUGCAGAUAAAUUAGCGACAAGCUAUCAGCAGAUACAUUUAGAUUUUUCAGGUCAUACUUGCACUUUGUGGAAAAUUUCAAUCUCUGUAUAGAAACACACAGACGAUUCAUCCUUCCUUUUUGUUCAUCCAUGUAAGGAAGGAUUUGUUGUUUAUAGUUUAAUGAUGUUAACUUAUUUUCUCUUGUCGGUCUCCUUGUUAAGUAAUCGCGAAGAUCCUCCCCAUCCCUUGCUAGUAGCAAGCAUUUUAAAAAUAGAAGAUUACAUAAUGGAAUGUGUGGGAAUGUGCGAUGACAACAGUGAAACAUUACUAGUCAUGCCGAAGCACUAUGAAAUACGAGGCGUUCUUUAUAUUUUAUUUUGUGUGCAUUUAUUUUCAAGAGAAAACUUUUCUUAAACCCGAUGUCACGAAUCUGCUGGUCUGCUUGCUACCCCGCACACAACUUUUCUCAUCCUUCUAAAUAAAAAGUAUUAUAUAAUCAUC